AUAUAACUGGAAUACUGCUAAAAGUGGCAUUAAACCAACUCACUCACUGUAUUGCUCUUGUCUUGUAUUAACAUUUCACAAUUAUUUGUGUUUGCAAGUGACUAUGUAAGUUUAAUUUCAUUUUUUGCAGUACCAAGGUAAACAAAAUUAGAUAAGGUGCAAUAAAGUAGCAGUUUUGGCUUGGUGAGGUUUUGCUGAGGUGCCGUUUUAACUGUAACCGUUACAGACAACAUUCAAAGAGGGGCAGUAUGUAAUUUUAAAUAAUACAGAAGUGAAAUAGAAUUAACCACAGACAAGGAGACUUUAACAAUAAUGUUACUUUACUCCCUUGAAUAACGACGCUACAUGCAUAGAAUCAUUUUUUUCAUUCAGUUGAUAGUUACAGUUCAUGUACAUACCUUCUUUAGAUAAUCUAUAUCAAGUUUUAGAAAGAGUAGUUGGGGAGACACUCGACUGGCUGAAUGAGACACGGAAAAACUCUUCACUGCUCGUGCCGCAAUAGGAGGCGCCAAGAGCACUUGCCGGCACCGGAAGUAAAGUGGUCAGCGUCUGUUUACAACUGUGGCUGCACAGUGACAGCAAUGUCUACACUCAAGCGGAGGAACAUGGACCACUGCCACACCACGACGCACAGCAGAGUACCCGGCACACCUGGAGCAGUCGCCGCUGUGGCACUCGAGGGUUGCUGUGAGCACUCUAGGUACAAUCAGAUCAUUGCAGAGCUUUCUACAUUUAUGGAAUAUGGUUCUGACAUUCAUAACAUGAUGUGAUCGUGAGAAAUUCCUCAAACUUACAAACACAAAUGUUUGGGCUUCUACUACCUCCAACAAGCAUCUAUGUUAUAACCUGGUGACAUAAGUAAACAUGGAAAGGAAUCCAACACAUUAUUCAAAUGUGGACAGAAAGCAUGAAAUUCAGGCCAGAAUUAAGCCAGGGAUACAUUAAGCAGCUUUAAAGUUCUCAUACAUGUGAGGCUAGGUAAUAAACUUUACCAAAAAGUAGGAAGUAAAGGGGUUGAUUUGGGCCAGCAAUAUCAAACACUGACCAGGUGAGCCACAUCGACUGUCAAAGCCAAGGAAGGGAGAUGACCCCUCAAGUAGAAGGAAGCUCUUUGAAACCACAACAUGCGAGGAAAUUACACGACUAUCUAUUGAUUCAUUUAGUUAAGACUUUGAAAUACUCUCAGGAACUCACAAAUAUGUUCUGUUUAAAUGCUUUUCGGUGGCAAUACAUGCCAAUAUCAGUUAUUUGUCAGUUUGACGGAAAGAAAUUAAAAAUUCCAUCUAAACUAUCCCGACUCAAAACUGCUUGUCGAACAACUGAUUCUGAUUUGUUGUUGUAGAACCUGUAUCCACAGGUGUUUGCAUCGUGUUUUCUCUAAACCCCAUCAAGCUUGAAUAAUAAUUACUUAGUUUCGUGAUAAUUAACACAAUUGGUAAAAUUGUUUCAUUAAUUGUGUAAUAAAAUCCAACAUAACAUACAGUGAGAAUGUUGUUAGUAAAUAUUAAUCCAUAUUUUAUUAAUGAUU